AUGUCCAUCAACAUGAAUGCGAAUUUCUUGAAACUGCUUACCCACUUCCGCAGACACGAUUUGACCAACUUCAAAUCGGAGCACGAUGAGCUCUACGAGAAGGCACUCGAAUCGGGGGAUCAUUUGGAAGUGACAUCUCACUAUUAUAGUGUUAUGAGUACUGUAAUCGAUGAGUAUUUUGGUGGAAAUUUCCAUUUUGUCCCACCGAAAUUCGAGGGACAACCGCUGGAGGAGGCGUUGAAGUCUCUUCAUCAACACAUUGCCUCAAAACUGGAAUUGAAGGAGGACGUGAAGUGUCUUGAUAUCGGAUGUGGUAUUGGUGGUGUCAUGUUGGAUAUCGCUGAUUUUGGCGCCAAUUUGACAGGUGUCACUAUUGCUCCAAAUGAGGCUGAAAUUGGCAACGAAAAAUUCGCCAACUUGGGGCUAUCGGAUCGCUGCAAGAUUGUCGCCGCUGAUUGCCAUGAGAUGCCUUUCGAAGACGAUACAUUCGACGUCGCCUAUGCUAUAUAUUCUCUUAAAUACAUCCCAAAUUUGGAGACAGUGAUGAAAGAAAUCCAACGAGUUCUAAAACCCGGAGGAAAAUUUAUUGUCUACGAUUUGAUCAAGACCAAUGACUAUGAUGAGGAUAAUGAGGAGCAUUUUAAGACUCUCCACCACCUGGAAUACGCGUGCGGUAUGCCCCGCCUCCACACCCAAAACGAAAUCGAGAAAUCCGCUGAAAAUUCUGGAAUGCCAUUGAUCGAACAAGAGAAUCUCGAGGAGACUUACGGAAAUCGUGCAUUCCAUUACUGUUUUUCGUCGAGCCCACUUUUCAUGUGGCUUGUGACUAGUCCCGUUAUUGACCACACAAUCCGAAUGGCUGAAGUCAUGAGAAUCCUACCAGCCGGCUUCAAACAAUUCAAUCGAACUUUCCUUUGUGGAACAGUCAACUCAAUUGUCGAGGGAGGACGUAUGGGAAUACUGUCGGGCGCCGAUAUUUUGCUUUUUGAAAAGAAAAUGGAAUAA